AGAAAACCAUGACUGAAUCUGCCUCUAGCACCAGCGGUCAAGAGUUUGAUGUAUUUAGUGUUAUGGACUGGAAGGAUGGAGUAGGCACAUUGCCAGGAAGUGAUUUAAAGUUUCGGGUAAAUGAGUUUGGAGCCCUGGAAGUGAUUACAGAUGAGACUGAGAUGGAAAAUGUCAAAAAAGCAACUGCCACCACCACUUGGAUGGUGCCGACUGCUCAAGAAGCCCCGACCUCUCCCCCGAGCUCCAGGCCCGUAUUUCCACCUGCCUACUGGACAUCUCCACCUGGAUGUCCCACAGUCCUUUCAGAGAAGACUGGGAUGCCUUUCAGGUUGAAGGAGCCAGUGAAAGUAGAAGGGCUUCAAUUCUGUGACAGCUGCUGCCAGUACGGCAAUGGAGAUGAAUGUCUUUCUGGAGGAAACUGCUGCAGCCAGAAUUGUGCUCGGCAUAUCAAAGACAAAGAUCAGAAAGAAGAAAGGGACAUAGGAGAAGACAAUGAAGAAGAAGAUCCUAAGUGUAGUCGGAAGAAAAAGCCAAAGUUAUCUCUGAAAGCUGACCCCAAGGAGGAUGGAGAAGAGAGAGAUGAUGAAAUGGAGAACAAGCAAGAUGGAAGAAUUCUAAGGGGUUCGCAGAGAGCCCGAAGGAAAAGACGAGGUGAUCCAUCUGUAUUAAAGCAGGGUUUACCUCUCAAAGGGAAGAAAACCUGGUGCUGGACGUCCUACCUGGAGGAGGAAAAAGCUGUGGCUGUGCCAACGAAGCUGUUUAAGGAGUUUCAGUCUUUUCCAUAUAACAAAAAUGGGUUCAAAGCUGGCCUGAAACUAGAAGGCGUGGACCCAGAGCAUCAAUCUGUGUACUGUGUCCUCACAGUGGCUGAGGUUUGUGGAUACCGGAUAAAGCUUCACUUUGAUGGGUAUUCUGAUUGCUAUGAUUUCUGGGUAAAUGCAGAUGCCUUGGAUAUCCACCCAGUUGGAUGGUGUGAGAAAACUGGCCAUAAACUUCAUCCACCAAAAGGGUAUAAAGAAGACGAAUUUAAUUGGCAGACCUAUCUUAAGACAUGUAAAGCUCAAGCUGCUCCCAAGUCAUUGUUUGAAAAUCAGAACAUUACAGUGAUUCCAUCAGGCUUUCGAGUUGGAAUGAAGCUGGAAGCUGUAGACAAAAAGAACCCUACAUUCAUCUGUGUGGCUACAGUCACAGAUAUGGUGGACAAUCGUUUCCUGGUGCACUUCGACAACUGGGAUGAGAGCUAUGACUAUUGGUGUGAAGCGUCUAGUCCACACAUUCAUCCCGUUGGUUGGUGUAAAGAACAUAGAAGACCCCUUAUUACUCCACCAGGUUACCCAAAUGUGAAGCAUUUUUCUUGGGAUAAAUAUUUAGAAGAAACCAAUUCUUUACCUGCUCCUGCAAGAGCAUUCAAAGUGAAACCGCCACAUGGAUUCCAGAAAAAAAUGAGGCUGGAGGUCGUAGACAAAAGAAACCCCAUGUUUAUUAGAGUAGCAACUGUUGCAGACACGGAUGAUCACCGAAUAAAAGUUCACUUUGAUGGCUGGAAUAGUUGUUAUGACUACUGGAUAGAUGCGGAUUCUCCUGAUAUUCACCCCAUGGGCUGGUGUUCCAAAACUGGACAUCCUCUUCAGCCUCCACUGAGCCCCUUAGAAUUAAUGGACGCUUCAGAGCACAAUGGAUGUUCAACACCAGGAUGUAAAGGGAUUGGCCAUUUUAAAAGAGCAAGGCACAUGAGUCCUCACAGUGCUGCCAACUGUCCCUAUUCAGAAAUCAAUUUGAAUAAAGACCGUAUUUUCCCAGACCGUUUAAGUGGUGAGAUGCCUCCAGCUAGUCCAUCAUUUCCAAAAAAUAAAAGAGCAGACACAAAUGAAAGCUCUUCAUCUCCUGAAACCAGAUACCAGCAUGGUGAUGAUGUCCCUGUCAAAGAAGACAUCGAAGAGAGGACUGAAAGUGAAAUGAGGACGUCACAUGAAACGAGAGGUACCCGGGAAGAACCUACGGUGCAGCAGGCACAGCGCCGGUCAGCUGUCUUCCUUUCCUUUAAGUCUCCAAUUCCAUGUCUGCCCUUGCGCUGGGAGCAGCAAAGCAAACUUCUUCCAACUGUAGCUGGGAUCCCCGCGAGUAAAGUUUCCAAAUGGAGCACAGAUGAGGUAUCAGAAUUCAUACAGAGCUUACCUGGGUGUGAAGAACACGGGAAGGUAUUUAAAGAUGAACAAAUUGAUGGAGAAGCUUUUCUGCUUAUGACUCAAACGGACAUUGUGAAAAUUAUGAGUAUUAAGCUGGGUCCUGCUCUCAAAAUUUUCAACUCUAUCCUGAUGUUCAAAGCUGCAGAAAAGAACUCUUACAAUGAACUCUGAAGACGAUGGAUUCUGUCUACCAUCAGCUCUCCGCUUUAAAGCUCAUGUUUUAUUCAAAGCACAAGGAUGGUUGUAACUCUUCAGUGAGAAAUCUCCAAAACAAAAAAGAGCAAGGCUAUCGGAUUAUUUAUAUUUCUCAAGAGACAAUAUAUGGAUUUUUCUGAAAAUGCUUGAGCUUUUAAGCAAGUACUGUCUAACAACAGUCAUCUUUUUGGUUCUGUUCACUGAGCUAAAUUUAUCUUUGUAAAUCUUUUUGAGUCUGGGGGUGGGGGGGGAGGGGAACCCUCAUUAAUUAUUUAUGGAUAAGGGGGGCAGAAUAAGAACUUUUGGCAUUUUGUAAACAUUGUUGAAUUCUCUUUCAUGUACACUGUUUCUUUUUCAAUACUUGCAGGAACCUUUUUAUAUAAUCAAAAUUCAACUUAAACCAAAUUAGUCAAAGCCUGGCUAAAUUUAGCCAGUUGGGACUGUUAUAUGUAUUGUUAAUGUUGUGCCAUAUUUUGAAUUGCAACAUUAUGCUAAGUAUAACUUUGCAAGUCAUGAUAUUGCCUAACUGCUUGUAAUAAUUUGUUGGAGCUGAAUAGUUGUAAAAAUUACUUUUCUUUAAAUCAGUGUUCUUACUUUUGCACGAAUUAUGAAAUGGUAAGCAAAUUACUUUUUUCACCAGCAUCUUUACUAUAAUUACCAAAAAUGUGUAUAUAAAAGGAUGACAUUGAGAAAAUAAAAUAUAUAAAAGUAAACGUAAAUAAAUUAGGUAAUGUAUUUGAAUGGCAUCAGUCCCAAACAUCAAUGGUGCCCUGUAUGUUUACGAGUCAGAUGGUAUCAAAGGAAUAUGCAGUUACAUUUGGAGGAAUGUUUGUAAGAGUCUUGAACUAUUUAUGAGAUUGUCUUGAGCUUUUCUCUUAAUUGUCAUUGAUGUAACUGUGGUGCUUUACAGAGAUGAAGGGCUCGGUCUAGUCUCUACUAGUUCACAAAGAGCUGUUUCCGAUCUUACAGUGUCCUUCAAACCCAAAGGGUUUCUUCAGGGUUGGAUAAAGAGAGAGUGUAGAGUGUGUAGAUUUUACUGAAAAGGCAAGGUGUGAGGGAGCAACACCAGAAGACAAAGAUCCUAAAUGCUCACAGGUCAGGGAGGCCGUUUCCCAAAGCAGUCGUUCAAGUACCUCCAUGUUGGAAGGAUUCCUUUUUCUGUAGAACACUUUGCCUCUAUUUAUAAGCGUACAGAUGCACUUUAAAUGAAAACCCUCAAUUACCUAUAAACUGAUAGCUGGUAGUGUUAUGUUUUUGUUUUUGUUUGCAAGAUUGCAUUUGCAAAGGAAAAGGUAAAUUAUUUCAUCAGCCUUUUGAUGUAGUUUCUAAUCCAGGAUUGGAAAUUUAUUCAAGGACUAUUUUAAAAAAUAGUAAGUUUGUAGCAUGUUCUCAGAAUUCUGGGGAAGUUCCAUCUCUUUCUUUAUUUAGUUGCUUAUCAGUUUUUCUGAUGUAGAUCUCCUUCAAUAUCUCCAAGUCUAUAUUCCCAUUGGGAGGCUAAUAGUCAUUUGCAUUUGACAUAAUUCCAGGUAAAACAGGGUCCGUGACAUCUACAGUGUCCCAUUCAUUUCUUUGCAUGAAUCUCUUUAAUGAGUUUUUUGUUGUUUAUUAUUUUCUUUUUUUACGUUUUGUUCAGAAUUUGUACAUUCAAGUUGCACUUGUUAUAUCUGAUAUGAAUAAAAUAAAAUCUUAAUU